UAGUGACGGAAAACGAGAGACUGAACACUUCCUGUGUUUUGAAGACUUGCAGGCAGACAGAUGAUUGAGUAAAUCCUAUUCGCAAUGAUGCAUACGCGCUUUAUCAAUUGUACUUAUACAUACUUAGGAGAGCCAUUGCAUUUAUUUGGACUGUGAAUCAACUUUAAGGUCGGUUUCCUUACAGUUUGCGAGGAGUGAUGAAUAACUAUGUGUUCAUCAGAGUGGUGGGGAAAGGGAGCUAUGGAGAAGUGAACUUGGUGAAACACAGAGCAGAUCGGAAACAGUACGUCAUCAAGAAGUUGAACCUGACCAAGUCCACCAAGCGGGAGAGGCGUGCCGCGGAGCAGGAGGCCAAGCUGCUGUCCCAGCUGCGGCACCCCAACAUCGUGACCUACCGGGAGUCCUGGGAGGGCGAGGACUGCCAGCUAUACAUCGUCAUGGGCUUCUGUGAGGGCGGGGACCUCUACCACAGACUCAAGCAGCAGAAGGGGGACCUCCUACCUGAGAGGCAGGUGGUGGAGUGGUUUGUCCAGAUUGCCAUGGCACUCCAGUAUCUGCAUGAGAAGCACAUCCUUCACCGGGACCUUAAGACCCAGAACAUCUUCCUGACCAAGACCAACAUCAUCAAGGUGGGAGACCUGGGCAUCGCGAGGGUCCUGGAGAACCAGAACGACAUGGCCAGCACCCUGAUCGGAACGCCGUACUACAUGAGCCCUGAGCUCUUCUCCAAUAAACCCUAUAAUCACAAGUCAGAUGUAUGGGCGUUGGGAUGCUGUGUGUAUGAAAUGUCGACACUGAAGCACGCCUUCAAUGCCAAGGAUAUGAACUCGCUGGUUUACCGCAUUGUACAAGGGAAGCUGCCUCAGAUGCCGGGUCAGUACGACCCCCUCCUGGGCGAGCUGAUUAGGAGCAUGCUGUGCAAGAGGCCGGAGGAGCGUCCCGAUGUGAAGCUCAUCCUCAGAGAGCCCUACAUCAAGAGGCAGAUCGCCAUGUUCCUGGAGGCCACCAAGGAGAAAACCGCCAAGUCCAGAAGGAAGGCUGUGGAUGGGGCCGGUGACGCCGCUGGCAGCAGGGCAGGGUCUGGGGUCUCCCCUCAGCCAAAGAGACCGUAA